AUGUCUCGUCGCGUUCCGGUCGAAACUGGGAGACAUGCAGCGUACGUAGGUCCUAUACUAUACAGGGACACGUGCAUAGUUGGGGUGGAUUGCGUUCUCGAAGCAAGAAAAUGUAAUACGCACUUGAUGCUCGUGACCCCAUUGCCUCAUUACAUAGCAUCGCAAUACCUCAUAUCCUACCAUAGUGAGGGUGCCAGCUCUGCCAUUGCAAACCCCCACGACGUAGGAUUGCAUCUGUUUAUAGCUCCUCUGAGGACUAAUUCCUCCCUGUUCGCUACUCCGAUGUUACUGAUGCUGCUGCUGACAUGCAUCUAUUCGCUGUCAAUGAGACAGUCGCUCGGCAUGCCGUCCAGCCGAGUUCCUCCCGCAUCUUGCGGCGCAGCCAGCGUGGUGCUCGGACUCGAGAAGAGUAAGACACCCGCGGACAUGUGGUCCUUGAUGUGA